UCUAGCCCAGCUCGUGGCUCGCGCUCCCCUCGCCUCCUGCGCUUCCCCCGCGGCGGCGAUGCCAGGGCCCUGGCCAGGGCUGCGUCGGGCGCUACUCGGCCUCUGGGCUGCCCUGAGCCUGGGGCUCCUCCGCCUCUCAGUGGUCUCGCAGGAGCCCUUCUGGGCGGACCUGCAGCCCCGCGUGGCGCUCGUGGAGCGUGGGGGGUCGCUGUGGCUGAAUUGCAGCACCAACUGUCCACGGCCGGAGCGCGGUGGCCUGGAGACCUCGUUGCGCCGGAACGGGACCCAGAGGGGUCUGCGCUGGCUUGCACGGCAGCUUGUGGACAUCCGUGAACCGGAGACCCAGCCUGUCUGCUUCUUCCGCUGCGCGCGGCGCACUCUGCAGGCGCGUGGGCUCAUCCGCACCUUCCAACGACCGGAUCGCGUAGAGCUGGUGCCGUUGCCCCCCUGGCAGCCUGUGGGCGAGAACUUUACUCUGAGCUGUAGGGUUCCCGGCGCGGGACCUCGUGGGAGCCUCACGCUGACCCUGCUGCGGGGCGCCCAGGAGCUGAUCCGCCGUAGUUUCGCGGGGGAGCCGCCCAGGGCGCGGGGCGCGGUGCUCACCGCCACGGUUCUGGCGCGGAGAGAGGACCAUGAGGCCAAUUUCUCAUGUCGCGCGGAGUUGGACCUGCGACCGCACGGGCUGGGACUGUUUGAAAACACCUCGGCCCCCAGACAGCUCCGGACUUUCGCCCUGUCUCCGGAACCCCCGCGCCUAGCGGCUCCCCGACUCAUGGAGGUGGGCUUGGAAGAGCCUGUAAGCUGCGCCCUCGACGGACUGUUCCCAGCCUCUGAGGCCCGGGUAUACCUGGCACUGGGAGACCAGAGGCUGAGUCCCGAAGUCAUGAGUGAGGGGGACGCGCUCACGGCCACUGCCACUGCCACAGCGCGCACAGAGGAAGAAGGCACCAAGCAGCUGGUCUGCAACGUGACCCUGGGGGGCGAGAGCCGCGAGACCCGGGAGAACGUGACAAUCUACAGCUUCCCGGAGCCCCUCCUAAUACUAAGCGAACCUGUAGCACCAGAGGGGACGACGGUGACCGUUACCUGCACAGCUGGGGCCCGAGCUCUGGUCACGCUGGAUGGAGUUCAAGCCUUGGCCCCUGGGCAGCCCGCCCAGCUCCAGCUAAACGCCACCGAGAAUGACGACAAACGCGGUUUCUUCUGCGAAGCUACCCUCGAGGUGGACAAGGAGACCUUGAGGAAGAAUCGGAGCGCCGAGCUACGUGUCCUAUAUGCCCCGCGGCUGGACGAUAAGGACUGUCCCAGGAGCUGGACAUGGCCAGAAGGCCCAGAGCAGACGCUGCGCUGCGAUUCCCGCGGAAACCCAGCGCCCUCCGUGCAUUGCGCGCGGCCGCAGGGCGGGGCCGUGCUGGCGCUGGGCCUGCUGGGUCCAGUCACUCGUGCCCUCGCCGGCACCUACCGCUGCACGGCGGCCAACGUCCAGGGCCAGGCGGUCAAGGACGUGACGCUGACGGUGGAGUAUGCGCCGGCGCUGGACAGUGUGGGCUGCCCAGAGCACCUUACAUGGUUGGAGGGAACAGAGGCCUCGCUCAGCUGUGUGGCACAUGGGGUCCCACCACCCUCCGUGAGCUGUGUGCACUCUGUGGAUGGGAUCAUCGAGGGGCCGCUGCUUGUGGCCCGGGAGCACGCCGGCACCUACCGCUGUGAAGCCGCCAACUCCCGGGGCUCUGCUGCCAAAAAUGUGGUUGUCACAGUGGAAUAUGGCCCCAGUUUUGAAGAAUUGAGCUGCCCCAGCAAUUGGACAUGGGUGGAAGGGUCUGAGCGGCUGUUUUCCUGUGAGGUCGACGGGAAGCCAGAGCCAAGCCUGGAGUGCAUCGGUUCUGGGGGUGCCAGUGAGGGACUGUUGCUGCCACUGGCAUCCCCAGCUCCUACUCCCAGAGCCUCCAGCAUCCCCAGGGCCCUGGCACCUGGCAUCUACAUCUGCAACGCCACCAACCGGCAUGGCUCUAUGGUCAAGACUGUCUCCGUGAGCGUGGAGUCGGCACCGCAGAUGGAUGAGUCAACCUGUCCCAGUAACCAGACAUGGCUGGAAGGGGCUGAGGUGGCUGGGCUUGCCUGUGCCUCACAUGGUCGACCCUCCCCACGGGUGCGCUGCUCGAGGGAGGGCACGGCCUGGCCUGAGCAGCAGCGUGUAUCCCGAAAUGAUGCAGGAAUCUAUCGCUGCGUGGCAACCAAUGCUCACGGCACAGACACUCGGAUCGUCACCGUUGGCGUGGAAUACCGGCCAGUGGUGGCCGAGCUGGCAGCCUCGCCCUCCGGAGGCGUGCGGCCUGGCGGGAACUUCACGCUGACCUGCCGCGCGGAGGCGUGGCCCCCUGCUCAGAUCAGCUGGCGCGCGCCCCCGGGGGCCCCAAACAUUGGCCUGUCGAGCAACAAUAGCACGCUUAGCGUGGCCGGCGCCAUGGGCAGUCACGGCGGGGAGUACGAGUGCGCAGCCACCAACGCGCACGGGCGCCACGCGCGGCGCAUCACGGUGCGCGUGGCCGGUCCGUGGCUUUGGGUCGCCAUAGGCGGCGCGGCGGGUGGCGCGGCGCUCCUGGCCGCGGGGGCCGGCCUGGCUUUCUACGUGCAGUCUACGGCCUGCAAGAAGGGCGAGUACAACGUGCAAGAGGCCGAGAGCUCGGGCGAGGCCGUGUGCCUCAACGGCGCAGGCGGUGGCGCCGGUGGGGGCCCCGGCUCGGAAGGUGGACCCGAGGAGGCGUGCUCAGCAGAUGCGUCGGCGGGGGGCGAGGUCUUCGCCAUUCAACUGACGUCGGCGUAACCCGCGCGCCUCUCCCCGCGGGCCCGGGGACGCCCCCCAAAAGUAUACGGGGGCUUAUUUAUUGUUCUAUUUAUUUACUCAUUUAUUUAUUUAUUCAACUCCAGGGACGACACCCAUAUUUUCUAUUCCCUCCCUUCCCUCGCCAAUAAAGUUUUUAUAAAGGA